CCCCUUCUUCUUCCUUUUACUGAUCUUGAAUUUCCUUCUCUUAAAGACCAGUGUUCAUCUCAAAGCUCUGAACUUCAUUUCUCUCUCUUUCUUUCGCUCUCUUAUACUUGGAACAAUCCUGGUUCAGUUUCCUCGGUCUUUAAUCCCUCCACUCUCUCUCUCUCACCAAUGGGAUGCGGCGGAUCGAAGCAAGAAAUUGCCGCAAACUGCACUGUGAGCCGACGUCUCCUCCGCAAUGACACCCAAGGAUCCCAAUCCAAGCGCCUCGCAGCCCUUCCCCAUGCUGGUUAUGGCAGUGAGAAAGAUCAAGAACAUUCCACGACCGAUUUAGAGAAACCAGAAGGUGCUGAGGUAAAUGCAGAAACCGCAUCCUUAGGGGACAGAAACUCGGCUAUUUUGGGUGAAGUCAAGGACAUAGCAGUUGAAAACGUGCAGGAAAACAACGAUGGCACGAAUGAGAAGAGUGGUCUGGAGAAUGGUAGUAAAGAGGAUGGCAGACUAAAGAAUCGUGCGAAGGAUUCGGCGAGGUUAGUUAGCAGGGAUUCGCCGGAUAAAUAUUUUUCGUCACGGAAAGAUGAGGAAAAUGUUGUAGGUGUGGUCGAAGGGCAUGAAUUCUACUCUCCACGAUAUGAACCCAAGGAUAGGGGUGCAGGAGGAGAUGCAUUCUCCAAUAGCCAAGACCCAGGUGACAAGGAAUUUGCGGAUCUAAAAGAGACUAUACUUGUUGUCAAGGUCAAUGUGGAGAUUCCUGUUGAAGGCAUGAAGGAGACUGUUAUUGAAACAAAAUCAAAUGAGGCGCCGUCUGUGAAAUCGUCGGUGCCAGAUGAAGUUAAAGAUUAAAACAAACUAGGAGCAGGAGGAGGAGAUGGAAGAGAUCGCGGCCAUGGCCAUGGAUGAUAUGUGCUGCUCAUGUUCCACUAGAUUAAAUCCUUUCAUGGGCGAGCUUUUCAACUUGUUUGCUAGGGUUUUAGACAAUGAAGUAGGAACCAUUUCAAUGUCUAAUAAAACGGCCUUGUAUGCUUUAUGCCUGGCUUCACUGCUCAUUAUUUGUAAUAGAUUAUUUGCAGCACUGGUGUAUAAAUUGUUUAAAAGUUUUAAGACUA